AAGUAAUCAUGCCAGUCAUUUUCGUUGCUGUGUGUUUGAUUUCAUUAUUGUUGUGCUUCGCUCUUCUUCGGAGAAGAAAAUCAAGACAGAAGCAUUUGCACACUUCCUGCUCAGAAGACCGGUACAAGAACGUCUCUUAUGGGGAGCUUCUCAAAGUAGAAGAUGGGUUCUCUUCACACAAUUUGAUCGGCGUAGGAAGUUAUGGUUCUGUUUAUAAAGGAUACUUUGUUUCAGAUGGCCAAAUUGUUGUAGUGAAAGUACUCAAUCUUCAAAGACAAGGAGCUUCGAGAAGCUUCCUCGCAGAAUGCGAGGCAUUGAGAAAUGUCCGGCAUCGAAAUCUCGUCAAUAUCUUAGCAUCCUGCUCAAGCAUUGAUUUUAAGGGCAAUGACUUCAAAGCACUAGUUUUCAAGUACAUGCCGAAUGGAAGUUUAGAGGAGUGGUUGCAUCCAAAAAUCGACGAGGAACAUCGACCAAGGACUUUGAACCUUAUUCAGAGGUUAAACAUAGCCAUUGAUGCAGCUUAUGCUCUGGAUUAUCUUCAUCACCAUUGCCAAACACCUAUUGCUCACUGCGAUCUCAAACCAAGUAAUGUUCUACUUGAUAAUGACAUGGUGGCCCAUGUGAGUGAUUUUGGCAUUGCAAGGUUCCUUUCUGAGGCUGUUGAUGAUCGCUCCACAAAUAGAACUAACUCCAUUGCAGUAAAGGGAUCCAGCAGCUAUGUUCCCCCAGGUAACAACUCCUUCCAUCUUUCUUUUAUUCCUUUUCUUAGUGUUAUUUUAAAAAUUCUCAAUAAUUUCAUAUCGCUAGAUGCUAAGAUGAAGCUAAAAUCAGCAUUUUGUCUAUUACACAAUAUAUAUGAGUUAGCUAUACAUUUUAUUUUAAAAUGACAUUUAUGCACUACUUGGGUGGCCUAGAUUCAUUCAUCUCCUAAAGCUCAACAAUUUUCAAAUUUUCAUUUUCUUGGAAAGUACUUGAAACUCCAUGCCUACUUUUCUCUCCUCAUUUCUCCCUGUGGUCUGGCCCACCUGAGAUUUGGAUUAGGUUAAUUUUUGGGUUUUGAGACCAGCAUCUAAUGGACAGCUUGGAUGGCAUAUCCAGAUCACGGUGGGCCCUACACAAAUCAAUGGUUGGUGGAUCAGAUGUCCAGUCACAUGUGGUUGAAGUCGUAUAAUCAUUCCACGUUCUUUGAAACAUGAUAUCUUCCAGAAAAUAUUGACAAAAUUUUCAUUCCUUUCACGUGGUCUACUUUUUCUUGGAGGUCAGCCCAUCCAUCCAUCCAUCUAUCCAUCCAUCCAUGUAAGUGU